AUCUCUAGAGAAAAAAGAGUCCCUUCUCUGAAACAGGAGUAGUAAAGAAUGGCGAUGGCGUCGGCGAGGUCGAUCGUUUUCUCCGGGGCGCUUCUCUGCAAAUCUCUCCCUGCUGUCACUGCCAGGCUCAGCAUUGCUGCGGCGCCUCAUCGGCGGCUCUCAUCAUCGGGUUUGUCGCUCCGUGCGGCCUGCUCGCGGAGGAUCAGAACUUUUGCCAUGUCUGGGAGUGGAGCCGCCGCCGUGGAAUCGUCCCAGAGGAUCGCGUCUCAGCUCGAUCAGCUAGUGGGAGCGAGGGAAGCGAUCAAGGAAGUGAUCACGAAAAUGCAUUGCAAUCCUAUACUAAUUAGAUUGGGAUGGCACGACGCUGGAACGUAUGACAAGAACAUCAGCGAGUGGCCCAAGUGUGGUGGUGCCAAUGGAAGCCUGCGCUUCUCUAUCGAGUUGGAACAUGGAGCGAAUGCUGGACUCAUAAAUGCUCUCAAGCUGCUUAAUCCCGUGAAGGAGAAAUUCACCGCAGUAAGCUAUGCCGAUCUUUUCCAGCUUGCAAGCGCCACCGCCAUAGAGAUGGCUGGAGGACCCCGGAUUCCAAUGCGAUAUGGAAGAGUUGAUACCGUAGGCCCAGAGCAAUGCCCGAAGGAGGGUAACCUUCCAAGUGCCGGACCCCCAAAUCCUUCCGAGCACCUUCGCAAAGUGUUUCACAGGAUGGGACUGGAUGACAAGGACAUUGUUGCCCUGUCAGGUGCUCAUACCUUGGGACGAUCUAGACCAGAACGGAGUGGCUGGGGAAAAAAGGAAACGAAAUACACGAAAGACGGACCUGGAGCUCCAGGAGGCCAGUCCUGGACUGUGGAAUGGCUGAAAUUUGACAAUUCAUAUUUCAAGGAUAUCAAGGAGAAAAGAGACGAAGAUCUUCUCGUCUUGCCAACGGACGCAGUCCUUUUCGAAGAUCCAGGAUUCAAGGAGCAUGCCGAGCUCUACGCCAAGGAUCAGGAUGCGUUCUUCAAGGACUAUGCUCAAGCGCAUGCCAAGCUGAGUGAACUGGGAGCCAAAUUCGAUCCACCUCAAGGAAUCCGGAUCGACGAGAGCACAAGUUAGGCAUAACCAGUACAGUUUUUGCGAAAAGAGUAAAAGAAUAAUACCCGUGAUCAAGUGUGAUCGUGGGCGAAGUUGAAGUUUGAUUCGCAAUUGAAGACGUGCACUAGUGUUGACAAC